AUGUCUGUAAGUGAAAAAGUGUCGCUUUCCGAUGCUUUAAGCAAUGUGGAUGUUCUGGACGAAUUAACAUUACCCGAUGAACAACCAUGUAUUGAAGCCGCACCUUGCUCGAUACUGUACCAGGCUAACUUCGACACAAACUUCGAAGAUAGAAAUGGCUUUGUCACAGGGAUUGCCAAGUACAUUGAAGAAGCUACUGUACAUGCCAACUUGAAUGAACUUCUAGAAGAAGGCAAUGCACAUGCAGUGAUGUUGUACACAUGGAGGUGUUGUAGCCGAGCCAUACCACAGCCCAGGUCUAACGAGCAGCCUGAUCGAGUACAUAUAUAUGAGAGGACUGUACAGGUGUUAGCUCCGGAGGUGGAUAAGCUACUGCAGUUUAUGUAUUUUCAGCGUAAAGCAAUAGAGCGUUUCUGCGGAGAAGUGCGGCGACUUUGCCAUGCUGAAAAAAGAAGAGAUUUUGUAUCGGAAGCCUAUUUGUUGACUUUAGGCAAAUUUGUCAACAUGUUUGCCGUUUUAGAUGAAUUGAAAAAUAUGAAGAGCUCUGUCAAAAAUGAUUAUUCGACGUACAGACGCGCUGCCCAAUUCUUAAAAGUCAUGUCCGACAGUCAAAGUCUGCAGGAAUCGCAGAAUUUGUCUAUGUUUUUGGCUACCCAGAACAAAAUACGGGAUACUGUUAAGGAUGCGUUAGAGAAGAUUAACGGCUAUGAAGACCUUCUAGCAGACGUUGUUAAUAUAUGUGUUCAUAUGUUCGAAACGAAAAUGUAUCUCACGCCCUCAGAGAAGCAUAUGCUGGUGAAGGUAAUGGGGUUUGGUCUCUUCCUAAUGGACUCCGAGGUGUGCAAUAUUAACCGACUUGAUCAAAAAAAGAAAAUACGUUUGGACCGUAUUGAUCGAAUUUUUAAGAACUUGGAGGUGGUACCACUAUUCGGCGAUAUGCAAAUAGCGCCAUUCAAUUAUAUAAAAAGAUCAAAGCACUACGAUCCGAGCAAAUGGCCACUCUCAUCGUCUCCGAACCCUCCAUCCCCCCAAGCCGACCUGAUGGUCCAUCUCCCCCAAAUAAGAGAGGAGCAUCAAAAUUAUAUAUCUGAACUAGCGAGAUAUAGUAACGAGGUGACGACGACGUUCAAGGAGGCGGGCUCGGACUCCGAGAACCGCGCGGUGACGGAGCUGUGCCUGCGCGGCCUGCAGCUGCUGUCCUCCUGGUGCUCCGUGCUCACCGAGCUGUGCUCCUGGAAGCUGCUGCACCCCACCGACCACGCCACCAACCCCAGGUGUCCGGCUGAUGCUGAGGAGUACGAGAGGGCAACACGCUACAACUAUACAUCAGAAGAAAAGUUCGCCACGAUAGAAGUGAUAGCCAUGAUCAAGGGCCUCCAGGUGCUCAUGGCUCGGAUGGAGACGGUCUUCGCUGAUGCUGCGAGGAGGUCCAUAUACGCUGAGCUCCAGGACUUCGUGCAGCUUCUGCUGAGGGAGCCAUUGAGGAAGGCCAUUAAGAAUAAGAAGGAUUUGAUUCGUAGUAUAAUAGUGUCAGUGAGGGAGACGUGUGGGGAUUGGGCUCGUGGUUGUGAACCUCAGCAGGACCCGGCUUUGCGUGGGAAAAAAGAUGCCGAAGCUAGUUUUACUAUCAAGGUGCCACGUCGUAAUGUAGGACCGUCAUCCACACAGCUCUACAUGGUACGAACUCAGUUAGAAGCGCUCAUCUCAGAUAAAUCUGGUGGGAGGAGGACUCUUCGGAAGGAUUUGGAUGCUGCGACACUGCAACAGAUUGAGACUUUCCAUAGGCAAAGUUUUUAUUGGGGUUAUAUGUUGAAUUUGGCCGAUUCUCUGCAAAAGUGUUGCGAUCUUUCCCAAUUAUGGUACAGAGAGUUUUAUCUGGAGAUGACUAUGGGACGGAAAGUUAAUAAAUGCACAGUCCGCCAUCAGCACAACGAGGAGUGCAACGAUUUGAUCACCAUGGAGAAGAGGAUCCAGUUCCCCAUAGAGAUGUCCAUGCCAUGGAUCCUCACUGAUCACAUCCUGAAGUCGAAGGAACCGGCUAUGAUGGAAUAUGUUCUAUACCCAUUGGAUUUGUAUAACGAUUCGGCCCAAUACGCUCUCACAGUGUUCAGAAAGCAGUUCUUAUACGAUGAAGUGGAGGCAGAAGUUAAUUUGUGCUUCGAUCAGUUUGUUUAUAAACUGUCUGAACUCGUUUAUGCACAUUACAAACAGUUGGCGGCUAGCAUGUUGCUGGACAAGCGCUACCGCGCGGAGUGCGCGGCGCGCGGCGCCUGCACCGGCGGCGGCGCCGGCCGCUACGCCUCGCUGCUGCGCCAGCGACACGUCGCGCUGCUCGGCCGGCACGUCGACCUCUGCGCGCUGGUGGCGCAAAGAAUAAAUGCAGAUAUGCACCGGGCUUUAGAUGCGGCCGUCGCCAAGUUCGAAGCUGGAGAUAUUACAGGAGUGGUGGAACUAGAAGGGCUAAUCGCAGUGAAUCGUCUUUGCCACAAACUCCUAAGCAGAUACCUCACAUUGGACGAAUUUGAUGCCAUUUUGCGUGAAUCGGACCACGGUGUUCUCGCACCGUAUGGACGGAUCACGCUUCACGUUUUUUGGGAGUUGAAUUACGAUUUCCUGCCGAAUUAUUGCUAUAAUGCUGCUACUGAUCGAUUCGUCAAAUGCCGCGGCAUUCAGUUCGCGGGGGGAGUGCAGAGGGAGAAGCCCCAGCAGUACGGGCACGCCAUGCUGUGGGGCUCCAAGCAGCUCAGUUUGGCGUAUUCUGCUCAGUAUGCGCAGUAUAAUGGGUUCGUGGGGCAGCAGCACCUGCACGCGCUGGUGCGGCUGCUGGGCUACCAGGGCGUGGCGGUGGUGGCGGCCGAGCUGCUGGGCGUGGCGCGCGGCCUGCUGCACGGCACGCUGGCGCAGUUCACGCGCGCGCUGGCCGCCGCCAUGCCGCGCACCUGCAAGCUGCCCAGAUACGACUACGGCUCUAAUGGUGUCCUGGGCUACUACCACGCCCAGCUCACGGACAUAGUGCAGUACCCGGACGCUCGCACCGAGCUGUUCCACGCCUUCCGCGAGCUCGGGAACAUCAUACUCUUCUGCAUGCUCAUCGAGCAGGCUCUGAGUCAAGAGGAAGUAACAGAUCUCCUUCACGCUGCGCCCUUCCAGAAUAUUCUACCGCGUCCGUAUACUGCCGAGGGAGAGAAACCGGAGACAAAGCAGAAACGUUUAGAAGCGAAGUACGCGGCGCUACAGAUUGUGCAGAAUGUUGAGAAAUAUGGCACUGCAAAGCAAAGCCAGCUGUCGCGCGAGGGCGACCUGCUGACGCGCGAGCGCCUCUGCUGCGGGCUGUCGCUGUUCGCGGUGGUGCUGCGCCGCCUGCGCGCCUGCCUCGCCGCGCCGCCCUGGCCCGCGCCGCCCGCGCCCGCGCACCACGCGCCCGCGCACGCAGACGACACCGCCGAGUUCCACCGUCUGUGGUCAGCCUUACAGUUUCUAUACUGCAUCCCCGUUGGAGAUACGCAAUUCACUGUCGAGGAACUGUUCGGUGAAGGGCUCCAUUGGGCCGGAUGUACAAUAAUAGCCCUGUUGGGUCAACAACGUCGCUUUGAUGCUUUGGACUUCUGCUACCACAUACUGAGGGUCCAACGUGUUGACGGCAAGGACGAGCUGGUUAAAGGGAUUCCUCUAAAACGUAUGGUGGACCGCAUCAGACGUUUCCAAGUCCUCAACUCGCAGAUAUUCAGCGUCCUCGCUCGCCACCUCGCCGCCGACGACGAGAGGGCUGGAGUGGAACAUGUGCGAUGUUUCCCUCCACCUGCUGCACACCAUCAUAGC